GAGAGAUGGUGGGGAGGGGGCCGGCGUAAGAGUCGGGAAUAUAUUCCCCGUUACCCCCCUUGGUUGCAUCUCUCCCCGCCAGUUGCGCGUGACGUAAUCCACUCCCGUCUCCUCCCGAACCCCGCCCUGUGUUGUUCUUAGGCUCUCUCCCACCAUCCAUCUCCAACCAUGGCAUCUGAAAUUCCGACGAAGCGGCAGAGGUCGGCCAAGGAUGUGCCGUACAAUCUCGUGUACUGGCCGGGCAUUCCUGGCCGUGGUGAGCACAUCCGGCUCGCCCUAGAGGAGGCUGGCGCCGAGUACACCGACACUGAAGGUGGCGUUGAUGAGGUUCUCACCACCAUCAAGGACCCGGGCGAUGAAAUUAACCCCCCCGUUUUCGCGCCGCCCAUCCUGAAGCACGGCGAGCUCACAAUCAGCCAAACAUCCAACAUCUUGCUGUACUUGGCUCCUCGCCUCGGUCUUGUGCAAGACGUCGACCAGAACCCCGAUGCUCUUUAUCGGGUUAACUCGCUGGCACUGACAGCGCUGGAUGGUUUGAGCAAUGAGCCUCACGACUGCCACCACCCCAUCUCAUCGGGUCUUUACUACGAGGACCAGAAAGAGGAGAGUAAGAGAAGGUCCGAAGAUUAUGUCAAGAAUAGGCUGCCAAAGUUCCUGUCGUAUUUCGAGCGGGUUCUCGCGUCCAAAUCGAGCGGCGACGGGCCCUGGCUGCACGGCGGUAGCCUGACAUAUGCCGACUUGGUUCUUUUUCAAUGUGUGGAUGGUCUCAAGUUCAUGUUUCCCAAGGCAACGGCCAAGUUGGAGAAGGAGGGAAAGCAUGUCGGGGUAUUUGCCCUUCACCGGGCUGUCGGAGAGCGGCCCAGAAUUGCGGCAUAUCUGAAGAGUCCUCGGAGACAGAAAUACUCUGAUGGUAUCUACAGAUAUUACGAAGAGCUCGAUAUUGAUCCCUGACUACGAGACGAAGGAUACUCUGGCUGCGUGGUUGGUCGAAUGGGUGGAAUGCGGAAGAAGUGUGUGGUGCAGGACACAUUCUGCUACCUAUUCAAGAGCGCUU